AUGGCCAAGAACAAACUAAGAGGGCAGAAGUCCUGGAAUGUAUUUCAUAUAGCCAGCCAAAAAAACUUUAAAAACAAAGCAAAACCAGUUACCACUAAUCUUAAGAAGAUAAACAUUGUGAAUGAUGAAAAAGUUAACAGAGUGAAUAAAACUUUUGUAGAUAUACAAAAGGAACUUGCCCAUUUCUCAAAAGGCCUUUCCCUUGAACCUUUGCAGAAACAGCUGAUUCCUCAGCAGUGUCAUGAAAAUGAACCAGUUAAUGUUGAUGAAAUGACAAGAUUAAUGGCUCAGUUGUAA